GCGGCAUCGUCCCGCGGUCCCUGCCCUGGGGACUCUGACCCCGUGGGCCGGCCAGGGGAGCUGAGGCAGGCGGUGACGAGCAGCCCCACAGGCACUGGGACGGAGACAGCGAGCAGCCGAACAGGAUGGAGCCCACUUUGGAGCUGGCAGAUGACCCCAGGUUCUCCCGCCCUUUGGUGGAGAUGCUGAUCAGGAACUUCAGCGUGCCGGCAGCCUGCUUCUCCCUGCCGCCCACCUCCCAGCAGCUGCUGCACCAGCUGGACAUAGCCCAACUCAUCAUCCUGGGCCUCUGCACCAUCAUGACGCUGCUGUCGGUUGUGAUCUACAUGGAAGAGGUUUCGUACCUCUUCCGCAAGAUCCGCUGCCCUAUCAAGAUGAAGACCCUCUGCUGGAGCAGCUCAGCCCCUACGGUUGUGUCAGUGAUCAGCUGCUUUGGCCUGUGGUUCCCGCGCUCCAUGAUGGUGGUGGAGAUGGCAACCACGGCGUACUUCGCUGUCUGCUUCUAUCUGAUGAUGAUGGUCAUGGUGGAGGGCUUUGGGGGGAAGGAAGCACUGCUCAGCGCCCUGAAGGAUGUGCCCAUGGUCGUCAGCACUGGGCCCUGCUGCUGCUGCUGCCCCUGCCUGCCCAAAAUCACCAUGAGCAGGAAAAAGCUUAAAUUGAUGAUCCUGGGGACUUUCCAGUACGCCUUCUUCAAGGCAGUCGCUGUCUUCCUGGGGCUGGUCCUGGCCACCGAUGGGAAUUACAACCCUGCUGACAUUUCAGGGGAGAGCGUGGCCCUCUGGAUCAACACCUUGAUUGGUGCCUCUGCCCUCUUUGGGCUGUGGGGCCUGGGCAUCCUCUUCCGGCAGGCCCGGCUGCACCUGGCUGAGCAGAACAUGCAGGCCAAGUUCACCUGUUUCCAGAUCCUGCUGCUCCUGACGGCGCUCCAGCCUGCCAUCUUCAGCAUCCUGGCCAACAAUGGCAGCAUUGCCUGCUCGCCGCCCUUCUCCUCCAAGGCCAGGUCCCAGCAGAUGAACGUGCAGCUGCUGAUCCCGCAGACCUUCAUCCUGGCGGUGCUGACACGGAUGUACUACCGCAAGCAGGAUGACAAGCCGGGCUACCAGCCCGUUGGCUUCGCACCCACGGGCACCGACGCCAAGGCGUGAGCAGGAGGGACAAACUGGGGCGCCAAGGGCAGAGUGGGGUGAGGGGCUGGUCUAUCCUGCACAACCUUCUCCUCCUCCCCUGGCCCUGGGGAGCUGCUGGCAGCAGGAGAGGCAGGAGGGGAA